ACACCACCCCACUAUAACCUUCCAAAAAAAAAAACCUAACCCCUAGACCAUUUGAAAAAAUAGGUCGGACCUGCCUUCCCCCCACUGAAUUCCCCCUAAAAAAAACCAUUUUCCUUCCUAAACCAAAAGCUUCUUUGGUCAUUUAUGCAGCUUAAAAGUGAGGAAACUGAAAUCCAUUUUCUUUGACAAUUGAGUAAUGGAGAAAGCAAAGGGUAUUUUGGAGGUAAGAAAGGAAGAAGAAGAAAGGGUAUCUAAUUUGUGCAUAGAGCCACACAGAGCAGGGGAAGAGCCCAGCUUCUAUGAGAGCUUUGCCAUCAAGGGCAUAACCGUCCAAGAAAUUAAGCCUGGUUAUGUCUCCUGCACCUUCACCGUACCUCCACGCCUCACUGAUAGUAGUGGGAAAUUAUCAAAUGGAGGCAUUGCUAACCUGAUAGAUGAGCUUGGUGGGGUAGCAGUCCAAGCUGAUGGUCGCCCUUUGAAGGUCUCUGUGGACAUGUCCAUUUCCUAUCUCUCUCCCGCUAAGGCCUACGAUGAAGUGGAGAUUGUGUCAAGGAUAUUGGGUCACAAAGGAGGCUAUUCAGGGACAGAGGUUAUCUUGAAAAACAGGAGGACUGGUGAAAUAAUCGCCCAAGGUCGACAUUCUUUGUUUGGGAGGCUUAAAGCCAAAAUUUAGGUCUCUCUCUCUCUCUCUCUCUCUCUCUCUCUCUCUCUCUCUCUCUCUCUCUCUCUCUCUCUCUCUCUCUCUGUGAACAAUAAAAACCGUGUUACCGAAGUUUUUGUUGUAGAAAGUGUACAAAUGCAGUAAAGGUGUUUGCUUUAGCAAGUAUACUCAGUUCAUGUUAGCGUAGCAAGAGCUUGGCAAUAUAUGUAAUGGAUACUAAGGAGAAUAUUUACUUGUAUUUUUCAUAUGUCCACCAAUGGAAUGAUGGUGUUAGAAUUUCA